GAGCGAUCGCGAUUUCUUCCCGCACUUGUCGCGAACACGUAUCAAGAAACGAUAAUACGAUAUACGGAACGGCGCGGGCACAACAGACUCGUUCAACUCUCGCCGCGUGAAUGAUACACUGCGUACGGCGUGAACAGUUUCGACGUAAACAACUCGCUCGCCGAGCCCCGAUUCCGAGAAAUGACGUAGCGGCAUUGACCGAGCGGCGUAAACAACUCGGUCGCCGAGCGCUUUUUUGGAUUCCAAGCAAUGACGUAGCGCGGUGAACACCUCGUUCGAAAACAGUCUAUUGUACCGGAAUAUUCGGCGCGAGUCGGUCGAGCGAGGUGGACGUGUCGCGUGUCUUCGCGUCGCUCGUCGUAACGCGAUCGUUUCCCACGAGAAUCUCGAUCGUCGGGUGAAGUGACAAGGAAAAAUUACAACAUAUCGAUCGCCUGCCAAGUCAAUCGGAGUUGGUUAAAGUGUGGUUAAGUGUGUGGUUAAGUGUGCCGGCGGGAAGAAGAGAUCGAACGAAGCGCGGAAAGUGUGGACGAAUAGCGAGUGCGCGCGUGCCUGUGAACGGGCCUUUACGCGUGGCACGUCCGCCUCUCGCGCUACCCGUCGGCGCGACACCGAACUCGUGGCAUCGAACGGUUCACCGGGAAUUCCGUUUCGCCGCUCUAGGUACACGCACAACGUUUUGUUUGGGUUCCCGUGCUUUGACAGUUACAAGGGGCAUGUACAUUUGAAAAUCCGACACGCAACGGAUUUAAUGGCCGCGUGAGGAGGUCGUGGAGUCGCGGCUCGUCCGGCGGUCACGCUUGCGCCACUUACUUGAAGCGCGCGUUCACUCGCGCGAGCGACGCCGCUCGCUUUACCCCGCCGCACCGCGACUUUUUCAUGUCGUUGUCCUGCUGCCGAGAAUCGUACGUUUGCGCGUCUGUUUUGAAUUGUUACGCCUUGGCGAUUGAAGAAGGCAUACGCGUACGAUCGUUCACACCGAUGUCACUUCCGACGAGACACAGGGGAUACUCCGAGUGAAUCAUUGUUCCAGAAUAACCGGUCAUGGAGCAGGACACGGAAUACGUGAAGCUGCCUCUCGAGGAGCGCCUUGCGCACAAGUCUUGGCGAGCACGCCUGCACGGGUACGAAGAGUGCGUGAAGACGUUCCAGUGCAUCGACGAUGAGAAGUCGCCCGAGUGGAACAAGUAUGCCGGCCUCAUCAAGAAGUUCGUGGUGGACAGUAACGCGGCUGCGCAGGAGAAGGGCCUGGAGGCGACCCUGGCCUUCGCGGAGAACGCCGCGAUCGCCGGCAAGAUAGUAAUCGAGGUGAUGAACGGCAUCGUGUCCAAGUGUAUCGCCGCGCCUAAAGCCAAGACGAAGGAGCUGGCUGUGCAGAUCACGCUCAUGUACAUCGAGAUCGAGAAGCACGAGGCGGUGCAGGAGGAGCUGCUGAAGGGCACCGAGGCGAAGAAUCCGAAGAUCGUUUCAGCGUGCAUCGCCACCUUGACGCAGGCGCUCAAGGAAUUCGGGCCCAAGGUGGUCAAUAUAAAGCCGCUGAUGAAGAAGAUAGCGAAUUUCCUGGACGACCGAGACAAGACGGUGCGCGAGGAGGGCAAAGCCAUGGUGGUGGAGAUGUACCGAUGGGUGGGCGAACGCCUGAGGCAGCAAUUGAACACACUGAAGGCGGUGCACAUCGCUGAGCUUGAGGCAGAGUUUAGCAGCCUCGGUGAAGAGAAGGUGGUGCCCAUGCGCCACCUGCGCUCGCAGAAGCCGAAGAACAGGGGCGGCAACGGCAAUUCCGCGGCGGCGAGCGAUAACGGCGAGGACGACAACGAAGACGCGGACGGUGCCUUGGUGCCGGACAUAGAUCCGUACGAUCUGCUGGCGCCUGUGGACAUUCUGUCGAAGCUGCCGAAAGACUUUUAUGAAAAGAUCGAGGCUAAGAAGUGGCAGGAGCGGAAGGAGGCGCUGGAGGCACUCGAGGCGCUCGUAAAGAAUCCGAAACUGGAGAACGGCGACUACGGUGACGCGGUGAGAGCUCUGAAGAAGAUCAUCUCGAAGGACACGAAUGUGGUGGUAGUUACGCUCGCGGGCAAGUGUCUAGCUGGUCUGGCCACGGGUCUGAAGAAACGAUUCCAGCCUUACGCCGUCGCCUGUUUGCCCACCAUUCUGGAGAAGUUUCGCGAGAAGAAGCAGACUGUGGUGCAGGCACUGCGGGACGCUGCCGACGCCAUUUACACGAGCAUAAGCAUCGAUCUCAUCCUCGAGGACACCCUGGCCGCCUUGGAGAACAAGAAUCCGGCCGUGAAGGCCGAAACGGCCGCGUAUCUGGCGCGAUGUUUCGCGCACACGCCGCCUGCGAACCUCAACAAGAGGCUGCUCAAGUCUUACACCGGCACGCUGCUGAAGACGCUCAACGAGCCAGACCCGACGGUACGCGAUAAUUCGGCGGAAGCGCUCGGCACGGCGAUGAAGCUGAUCGGCGAGAAGGCAAUGAUGCCGUUCUUGACCGAUAUUGACAAUCUGAAGAUGACGAAGAUCAAAGAAUGCGCCGACAAGGCGGUGAUAGUCAAAGUGUCGAGUGGUACAAAAAAGCAGGAGCGACCCAACACCGCCCCGGCCAAAGUGGAGUCUCAGCGGCCAAACAAGGCGAGCAAGGAGAGCUCGAAGAGCGGCAAGUCGAGCGCCGCGAAGAGACCGAACACCGGUAUCGCGACCGGAAAGAAGCUGACGUCUAAGAAACCGGGCGGGGGCUCGUCGCUCACGAAUCUGGCGUCGUCCGCGAGGAAAGCCGUUCAGAUAGAGAGGAAUUACACUCCGGAGGAGAUUGACGAGAUGGCGGCGGAGCUCUUGCCGGCCGAGAUAAUCACCGGACUCGUGGACAGCAAUUGGAAAACGCGUCUGGCCGCGGUCACGCAGUUGUCAGACACCGUCAGGGCGAUGGAUUCGGAGGUGCCGACCCAGGUGAUUGUACGGACUUUGGCGAAGAAGCCUGGCUUCAAGGACACCAAUUUCCAGGUGUUAAAACUACGCGUAGAGAUUGUGAAGUACCUGGCGGAAAAUCAUCCCUUCACAGCCACCGUGGCUGAGUACUGUCUCAUGGACAUCGCGGAGAAGCUGGCGGACGCGAAGAACAGUUCGAUCGCCGCCGAGACUUUGCUGGUCAUCGCCCAGGCUAUAAGCUUUGAGUAUAUAGCGGACGAGGUGGUGGCAUUCGCGUUCAAUCAGAAGAAUCCUAAGGUGCAGCAGGAGACACUGGUUUGGUUGUGUCGGGGACUCGCGGAGUUUGGUUAUAGUCUCAACGUCAAGUCCAUCAUCGAGAAUAUCAAGAAGGCGGUGGCGGCGACAAAUCCCGCCGUGCGCACCGCCGCGGUGACCUUGCUAGGCACUUUGUAUCUUUACAUGGGCAAACCACUGCUGGCGUACUUCGAUAACGAGAAGCCUGCGCUGCGGCAACAGAUCGAGCAAGAGUGCGAGAAGCGCUACGGCGAAACUCCACCGGCGCCUGUUCGCGGCGCUAAAGCCCGGAAGACCAACGCCGUCAACGCCGAGGAUGAGGAGGAGGACGUGGAGGAGUCGGAGAAAAAAGCGGGCGACAGCGAACCGGAACUCAACGAGCUGAUUCCGCGCGUCGACAUCGGCGCCCAGAUCACCGAAGCGCUGCUGGCCGAAUUGGCCGACAAGAAUUGGAAAGUGCGUAACGAAGCGUUGCAAAAGAUAAACGCUAUGGUUGCCGAGGCAAAAUGUAUCAAAUCGACCAUCGGCGAUUUGCCGCAGGGCUUGGCCCUGCGUCUCGUGGACAGCAACAGCAAGAUUGCACAAGCAGCUCUAGGUAUAUGUGAAACAUUGGCGACGGCUAUUGGACCACCGGUAAAGCAGCACGUUCGCGUCCUGUUUCCGGGAUUUCUACUGUGUCUGGGUGACGGCAAAAAUUGGAUCAGAGUUGCCGCGAUUUCCUGUAUCAAUACAUGGGGAGAUACGUGCGGCUAUAAGGAAUUCUUCGAUGGCGAGAUGAUAGGCGACGCAUUGAAGGCGGGCUCACCGGUGUUGCGGUCUGAACUAUGGAACUGGCUGGCGCAGAAAUUGCCCCCGAUCCCGGUGAAACAGAUUCCCAAAGAGGAGCUCUUCGUGUGCCUUCCCUAUUUGUAUGCUAAUCUAGAAGACCGUAACUCGGAUGUACGAAAGAACGCUCAGGAAGCUGUUCUUGGCUUCAUGAUUCAUCUCUCUUAUGAAGCGAUGGUCAGAAACACCGAAAAACUGAAGCCAGGGUCGAGGACGGUAGUGAUUGCAGCACUGGACAAAGCUCGUCCUAGUCUACCUCUGAAGCCUCUGCCUAAGAAAGAAUUGUCAGACGAUAAUAUCCAGAAGGGCGCGAAGGGCGCAAAAGUAGUGAAAGCGGUUAAAUCGAAGGGUACGUCAUCGAAACCGGGCAGUGCUCGUAAGAAAGAUGACGAUGUCGACACCAGUCCUUUGUUGGUGGUCAACAAUUUGAAGCACCAGCGUGUGAUCGACGAGCAGAAGCUGAAGGUGCUCAAAUGGAACUUCACCACGCCCAGAGAAGAGUUCGUCGAGCUUCUGAAGGAUCUUAUGGCAGCUGCGAAUGUUAAUAAGACUUUGAGGGCAAACAUGUUUCAUUCUGAUUUUCGAUAUCAUCUAAAGGCUAUCGAGGCGCUCACCGAGGAUCUUCCAGGAAACAGUAAAGCAUUGGUAUCUAAUCUUGAUCUCAUUCUCAAAUGGUUGACAUUGCGAUUUUUCGAUACCAAUCCGUCGGUGCUCCUGAAAGGAUUGGAUUACUUACAAUUGGUCUUUAACAUGUUAAUCGAAGACCAGUAUCACGUGUUGGAAAAUGAGGCAGCGUCGUUUAUACCCUAUCUCAUUAUCAAGAUAGGUGACCCGAAGGAUGCUGUACGUAAUGGCGUACGAGCUUUAUUCAAGCAAAUUGCUCUGGUGUAUCCUGUGAGCAAAUUAUUUUCAUACGUAAUGGAGGGUUUGAAGUCGAAGAACGCCCGACAGCGAACAGAAUGUCUGGAUCAAUUAGGAUCGCUAAUUGAGAAUUACGGAAUAUCUGUUUGUCAACCCACGCCAUCCGCGGCGUUGAAGGAAGUUGCGAAGCAGAUCGCGGAUCGUGACAAUUCCGUUCGUAAUGCCGCGCUAAACUGCAUCGUCCAGGCCUAUUUCCUCGAAGGGGAACGUGUAUUCAAGUUUAUCGGCCAGAUAUCGGAGAAAGACAGGUCCCUAUUGGACGAACGAAUCAAGAGAGCAGCGAAGAAUCGGCCCACAAAGUCCGCAUCUACUAUCAGACUCUCCACGCCUGUGGUCGCGACUUCUAGUCCACCGACGGAUGACAUGGAGGCGGAUUACGAAGAGGAACAGGAAGAGAUUGCCGAGCCAGUGGAGACAGUACCAGAGCUGACACAUGCCAGCACUACUGACAAUACUGAGGAAGAGCAGGUGAUUUCCGUGGUCAUUAAUAAAUCAGAAUCUCCUUCAAACUCGGACCAGGAAAUUGUCGACGAUGACAAAACCGAUACGCAAAAUCAUCCGUCCGAUCGAGAUGAUUCGGAAACGAAUUCUCCCACAGCGAUGCAACCAAAGGUUCCGUCAGGCCCCUUUAGACUAGACAUGGAGUUUCUGCAGAAGCCCGAAGUCAAAUGUUGUAAUCCGGUAUUACCGGAACCCAGCUUACUAGAUUUGAACGAACCCCCGGUGAAUGUGUUGAACCCACCUAAAACACAAAUGAUACCGAUUUCGCCACCGAAAUUGUUAGUGUCGAAAUCGUCGUCCGUUGUAUCACCUACUUCUGCUAGCAGUAAAGACGACACCCUCGAGCGUAACAUCUUGUCCAUGGCCAGUAUGGAUCUGUCCACUGCGAUACAGUCCAUGAAUGCGAUAGAAAACUUGUUACAAUCUCAUCAAGCGGUCAGCUUGCAAUCAAAAGAGGAUAAAUUUAUCGGCUCGAUAAAUAUGCAGUUAAAGCUAUUGCAAACGUAUCCGUUACGUCAAGAAAACGCGGAUGUAUCCAGGGGCUUCAGAAAUACAUUUCUGGUUAUACUUGUGUUUUAUGACACUGGAUUUCUUGGGAAGAAUGUCCCUUUCAUGCAUUUGAAGGAACUGGUAGAUCAGAUGAUAAGUUUGUUGGCUGAAAACAAGUUGGAACAUUUGCAUCAGGCUGGAGCGUAUUACAGAGUGAUCAAUAACAUUAUGGUGAAAAUUAUUGACAAUUCUAACCAUACCACGAUUAUAUGUGUAUUGAUUAAGCUGCUUCAUUCCUGCGCUGAGUCAAACGUUCCUUCGAAAUACGAAGAGUUGGUGAUGAAAUGUUUGUGGAAAAUAGUGAAAACAAUGUCGAACUGGGCUGCUGACUUAGAUUACGAUACGAUACUCUUGGAAGUGCACCGUUUCCUUAAGGAUUAUCCUACAACAUGGUGGAAGAAGCGAAAGUCCGAUACUCCGCUACGGACAGUCAAGACGGUUCUUCACAGUAUGACCAGAGUGAAAGGCAGUUCGAUACUUAACCACUUGACGCUAAUAAACAAUACGAAUGAAUCUGAAUUACACGCUUACUUAAUAAGAUUAAUCGCGAGUCUUAAGCCAGAUGAGAUCAACGCCACAGCGAAAGCGACAUCAAAACCAAAUAAUGUGGGAAAGGCGCCAAAGCACUUGUCCAAGUCAACUCGGCAGCAAUUGGCCGAAAUAUUCAAGAAAAUCGGAUCCAAAGAGCACACGGAAGAGGGCCUAGUGCAGUUAUACGAUUUCAAACUUCAAUAUCCGGAGGCAGACGUACAACCGUUUCUGGUUAAAUCCCAUCAAUUCUUCCAAGACUUCAUAGAACAGGGACUGAGGGAGAUCGAUCAGGCGCGGAAAAGCCAGACUAUCUUGUCGCAAACUAAUAAUCAAUACUCCUUAGAAACUACCGAGACUUCAGCCGUGGCCGCUGACGGCAAGGACAUGAUGGAUCCAAUGUACAGGCUCCAGAAGCUCCGAGCCCUCGAAGCACAGAACAAAAUGACCUUCCCGCCGAAUCUACCGUGAAUGAUUAAGCAUAAGUAUGUUAGUUAGGUAAGCGGGACACGAUACAUAUAUACAUGUAUGUGUAAGGUGAGCAUAUUGUGUCCGACUUAUUUAUUCGCAUCUUUUGAAAUGUUCAAUCCCAUGGCGUUUUCCACCGCUGAAUUUCAACAUUGAGAUGACCCACCAGUUGCUUUGCGUACGAAUCUCUGGUUUUCGAUGAGAUUGUACAUCCGAUUACUUGUUCUCGGUGAAUUAACUUAAAUGAUUUGCACACGUUAGCAGAAGACUUGAACGCGAACGCGAAUCGUAGGGUAUAAUAUAGCCGCGCUAUCGGAUUACAUCGUUACAUCGGACAGCGUAAUGAUUCUGCGUUCUAACCGUAGUAACGUUACGUUGCCCGCAAUGUAACGACGAUACGUGCAUGACCUUUUGUUUCUUCCACUGCAGUUAUGUAUAGUUAAUAAUAAUGUUACUAUUUAUGUAAGGUCAUAUAACGGUAUACGUAUGUAUAAGUAUACGAAACUUGCACGAUUCAAGCGUCGAUCUUGUCGUAGUACGAUUUUAUUUUACGAUCUUUAAUUUAGUAUUUAAUAUUUUUUUUACAAUUUUUUCUAAAUAAAUUUGUUCCAUUUGAACUCGAUUAGAUUCAUAAUCACUACAUCGUCGUUAUUUUCGCAGAACCUACUAUUUUCGCAAAGAGAAGGGAACUUUAGAAUGAUACAUAUCAUUUCAACUUUUGUAUCCGGUCUCCGGAAAAGUUAUAGUUAAAAAAAGAGAGAGAAAGAGGUAAACGAUAGACGAACCGAUAUAACCCAGCGCAAUAUACAAUGAAGUAUUAACUGUAGGCGGAACACUUUUUCUUUCAUAUCACUGCAUAAAAAACAUCGCUGUAUAAUGGCGAGAUAAAAAAAAAGACCUUAGACGUUUUCUCGUAAAGGUCCGGUUCUCUCGUAAAUGUUUUAAUUUUAACGUUCUUCAAAGCAUUGUGUAGACACCGCACCGAAAACUGGAAAAGAUUUGUGCCUAUCGAGGUUUACACGUCAGAGAUAUAAAUAUUUCUUUUACGAGUCUUUACAUGGGAGACAAGAAUAGGAGGUUUUGCGAAAGCAACAGCGAUCUGUUCUAUUUAUUAAGAACGCAAACUGUCAUAUUCCAGUAUUUAGGGAUAGGAGCAAAAGAUAGUAGCUAGCAAUCGGCAUCGAUACUUCGUUUAUUACUCGAUAUGAUAAGAAAAAAAAACCGAUGUUAAGCUGUGAAAAGCUCAUAACUAAAAACAUCCAGGAUUAGAGUUUUAGUUUGUCUAUUUGAAAUGUCUGAAAUAUGAAUUUUAAUAUUGAAUUUUUUAAUACCGAUAGCUUCGAAAAAAUGUCUCGCGCGAUUUUAUACUGAUACCAAGUAAAAUAACUAAGUCCCACAAAUAAGUUUUAGUGUUUACAGAGUAUUUGCAAGAAUUAAUUAAUCGCGUGAUUAUUAUAAAUUAAGUUAAAGCCAUAAAUUAAAUCAUAUUACACAAUAAACAAAAUGCGUAUGUUACACGAUGUAACUGCAAAUUACGAUUACUAAUGGUACUGUAAUUAUUUUUCCGCUUGUUUAUGAAUAAACGUCAUUAGAUACUCGUGAUUAAUGAAAUUUUUAAGUUACGAGGUUUUUGUGGCUUGACAAUGUGAAAAGCGCAUUCACCUUUCUAUUACCGGUGAGAGAAAAGAUAACGAAGGAAACGUAACUAAUAAUAUAUAAAAUGGAGGAAAAUAGAAACUACUUUACUAUCUGAAAAUCUUACGAUUCGAAGUUGCUCUAUUUGAGAACUUACCGCUUUUCUCCCCCAAGACUUAUAUUCUGUAGUGUAAAUAGAACAUGUAUAUACAUGCACUAAUAAAAAUGAUAUUCGACAAAGC